AUGAAACGACUUGUAAUAAUCUGUGUAGUUACACUACUUUUGAUUAGUGUUUCAAUAACAGAAUCUUUAGAGAAUCAACAUAGACACAAAGACAAAGACAAGCAAGGUUUGGAUAGAAGACACAGAAGAGCCAAAAGCAAAAGCAGAAGAAGAAGCUCAAGCAGAAACGGUGAAGCAUUUGCAACUAAAUGCGAUGUGUUUUUCCGGUGUGUGUUUGGCACUUGCGGUCAAUGGAAUUUCCCAAUUGUGCCUUGUCCUCAAAACCCUUUCUUGCCUCCUCCUCCUCCGGUGUCUACACCGGUGGUUGCACCCGUAGUUAUACCACCGCCACCACCUUGUGUUACUUGUGUCCAAGCAUCACCACCACCUCCAAUACCAGUUCCUUGCCCGCCACCACCGCCACCGCCAAUCCCGGUUCCUUGUCCACCUCCACCAUCACCGCCUCCUCCUGUGCCUUGCAUUACUUGUGUCACAGCUCCAGCACCGCCUCCUCCGGUGCCUUGCGUCACUUGUGUCUCAGCCCCAGCACCGCCUCCUCCUCAGCCUUGUAUUGUUUGUACCACAGCACCGGCUCAACCUCCACCAGUAGCUUGUCCACCGCCACCAGUACCACCGAUUAUCCCAUUUGUCCCUACACCAAUUAUGCUCCCUCCUUUACCACCUUUAUUUCCAGUUAUGCCACCACCAGUAACGCCUACUCCAAUUCCAAUAUUACCUUCACCUACUCCUGUGCUACCCCUUCCUCCACCGUCUGCCCUUCUUCCGCCACCGUUGUCUUCCUCUCUUCCAUCACCACCCCUUCUUCCAUUAGUAUUAUCUCCCCCACCACCACUAAUGACGCCAACUCCUCUUUUAGGCGGUGGUGCUCCGGGAUUCAUCGGUACACCUCCGCUGGUGCAAGACCUCCCUCCUAUUUUACCUCCACCGGUUCAAAAUCUCCCUCCGAUUUUGCCUCCACCGGUUCAAGACCUCCCGCCUCAAGACUUUCCACAGAUUCUACCACCACCGGUUCAAGAUUAUCCGCCUAUUUUGCCUCCUCCGGUUCAAGACUUUCCACCAGUUUUCACAACACCACCGAUCGUACAAGAUCCACCGACAGUUCCAAUAUUCUCCGCACCACCAGCUCUUGGAGAACUCCCACCACAAACUCCCGUCUUCACCACGCCACCAGAGGUAACGAAUCCAUGGCUACCACCAGAGCAACCGCCGGUUACAUCCAUACCAACCAUACCGGAAAAUCCAUAUCCAAACCCGGACAUGGGUUCCAAUCAACCGUUAGUUCAGCUUCCUCCACCCUCUUGGGAUUCACCACCAUUUAAUCGUUAA